AUGGCGGGCAGGGGCAAACCUCCCAGCCUUGACAACCUCGGGCCCAUCUCGCUCACCUCGUGCGUGGGUAAUGUGGUCGAACACGCCAUCCUGAACAGGGUUUCCCGCUACCUGGAGGACCGCGACAUUUACCCCCACAACAUGAUAGGCUUCAGGCCGGGCCUCUUGACGCAAGAGGUCAUGAAGCUCAUCAAAGACCAAGUUAUCAAUCCUAACACAAGGGACAUAAGAGCAAUACUGGGACUGGACUUGGAAAGGGGAUUCGACAACGCUCUGCACCACUCUGUGCUGAGUCAGAUCUCGUGCCUCGGGGUUGGCAAGCGCUUCGACGACUACACGAAAUCAUUCCUGACAGACAGAGAGGCUAAUCUAAAAGUGGACGACCUGGCUUCGACCCGGUCAGAUUUGGCUUCAGAGGGACGCCACAAGG